AUCUUUGAUCCACUACUUGCAUAUGUAGCUUCAAAAUCAAAGUCUUCGGGAUCUGCUUCCCAACAGAAGACUGGAUCCGAGUCAAAUCCUUUGCCAACGAAAGUGUCGGCUGCCCCUGCAAUGUCUCAGUCAAAGCAGAAAAAAAAAUCCCCAGAUUCCCGACUGCCUGUUGAAAAGGCUCCAGUGCAGGCAAAAGCGCCACCUCCGACGCCUACUCCUCCCGUAACAUCUACCAGGCCAUCGCCACCUUUCGCACAAGUACCCCCCCUUCAAUCGAACAUAGCAAUUUUGGCCCAUCCUGCGAGACCUUCCCCUGCGCGCAUUAGGACCGAUGCUCAGGUUUCUCCAGUGGUAAAGUCGGAGCCACGUAUCGCUUCGUUAUACCAUUCUCCUGCGAUUACAUCCAGUGUAUCAGCGGCCGAUAGACUUGGUCCUAUUCGAGCCGCGAAAGAGGCUAUUCGAACAAAUACUGGCUCUCAGGUCCAGUCUCCUGUUACUCCUCACCCAGAGCAUAAUGGUGUGAGUUCUAUCUCAAAUCUUGACGUGAAUGGCUCGGCAGCUAUGCGUGAUCCUCGCCGUGCUGGGCCAUCUCCACCAGCUGUCGCUGUUCUGCCACAACAAGGCCCGCACCCGCUUUAUAACGGUGUGAGGCAACAAUUCCAAAUCAACCCUUCGGAGGUUGAAGCCCUUUUGCGAGCCCACGGAUAUCCAGUGCCUCAUAAUCAACAAAUUCCAAUGACAUCCCCUGUUGCAUUGCCUGAACAAGUUAUGACAGCUGUGCAGUCGGGUCUGAAUAUUUUGAGCGGGGUUAGUGCUUCUGCCCCUGGUUCUUCGAAUUUCUCGCAGGGCGUAUCAGUCAGUGGUUCUGGGCGGGACAUGCAGCCUGUUCCGUCCUUCCAGUAUUCUCAGGGAGGCCCUCAAGCUCCGUUGUACUUGCCUGGCCCAUCACAAAAUGGGUUCUCAAACGGGACUCACCCUACUUCUCGUCAUUCCCUCCCACCCCGACCGUCAUCGACUGCACCAGCCCCGGUCAACACAGGCGUAUCAACUGUGCCAAUGCCGCCGCCGCCGCCGUAUUCUGCAUCCUCGACUGGAUCGUUCAAAGAUGAGCGACGAUAUAAUGAGUAUGAACGACGGGACUACCCGAAAGGCGGUGGGUCUUAUGAGAAAGACUAUCGACGUAAUGAUUCCCGGCGGGAUUCGAGCGGGUGGGACAGCCACAGAGGAAGGGAUGGUGGCUGGGGUCAAAGGGGGAGGGAGAGCUGGCGGAAGCCAUAGGUGAGCAAGUAGCUCAAUGGUAACAACUGUGGUUCAAGGUAGGACAUGA